AUGGCGCCGCGACACAUAUCCAGAGUCGUCAAGUUCGAUAUAUCAACGGAGAGACUGACUCAAUCUGCUCCAAAGAGAGUGCAUCUCCUCAAUUGCCGGGAACCCUCUAAUUGUCCCACUUUGUCUUUGGACGGAAGUGGCGUAUGGAAUGGUAGUGCCACUGCUUGGGAAAAAGAGGAUCUAGUGACCAAAUAUGGUGUUCUAGCUCCUAGAGACUGUAAUCUCUAUGGGAGGGGAGGCUUACAGACAACAAAUGACACCAGGAAGGAGGAAGGUUCAAAUCUUCCGAGUUUAAAUCUCCUUCAGCUUCCGUACCUUGGUCAUCAACGACGGUCCUCAGCACCGGAAGCACUGGAGAACAAGACGGAACCACGCAUCCAACGUUCAAGGGCGAAGCAUUAUCGCCUAGCAAACGGGAAAUCCGUCAAAGUGAAGAUGCCUUCCACAGACGUUUAA